AGAUACGUUAACACAGAUUGCCGAGGAAAAUGGAGGUUUAGAUAUUUUGUGCAACAAUGCUGGUAUAGGUCCGACGGACGAUUUUCAAAAACUAAUUGACAUAAACUUGGUAGGUACAAUAUGCACUUACUGACACUCAGCAUAUUUAUUUAUUUAUUUAUUUAUUAUAUGCUUUGCCAAUUUCACACAAUCAUAUCUGCACAAAUACAAACACAAGAAUAUACAAACUAUCAAUCAAUCAAUCAAUGGCAGGGAAUAUGCUACAGCUUUGCGCCAAUUACAGCAGCCCUUACAGAACGAACAUGACACAUUCUACAUUAGAUCUUUAGUAAUAUAAAAAGGCCAGUUUGCACCCAGGAAAACUCUCCGCAGGAUGGUAACGGAAGGAAAGUUACAUAGUGCUAAAGUCGUUAGUUUCAAUGCCGUGCGCUCCUGCGGAAAAUUUUAUUGAGUGGAAAUUAGCCGACAAUGAAGCUUAACAAGACCAACACAGGGACACACAUUAGAAUUAAUAACAACACGAAUUUGAACAAGACAAAUUACGGGACUUGUUACAAGACAAACAUAUAGACUUCCAUGUUCUAGGAUUUUCUGCGUCGUAAAUGUUCAGAGCCGAUUUGUAAUAUGACUGACACUAUAUUAUACAUGGCCCAAGCAAUCCUACGAGGCUUUAACACAAAAGCAAAUGGAGGGCAAGUAUUGAGGUUCUUUCAGGGGCGUAACUUGACUCUAAGUAUCGGGGUGGAGUCAUUUUGCCCUGGAAAAGGGCGUGGCCUGCAACAAAUGCCCUUCAAAAAGGCGUGGCCUGUAAUACAACAAUUAUAUAACAAAUAUAUAAUACAAUAGACGCAAUUAUAGCGUUUUGACAUUAGACGUUUACCAUUUUGAAAUGAUGUAUUAUAGUCGACCCUUCAUUAUUGUCGAUAUUACAAUGACAUACUGUAACAGUAAUAUUAGCAUAUAUAUUAGUUCUUAUUUUAACAGAGUUAGCUGAGUAAAAACCAUCUACACAUAUGGAGUUCAUUGCUUGAACCGAACUUUGAGUUUUCGAUUUUUUCUGGUUGCCCAACUUUUCAGAAUCACAUUAAGAUCAACCGUAUCUGUUAAGUCCUUUUCGGUUGAAAGGACGAUUAAAUCUUGAAGCCGUUCACCUUUCAUCGUUGACCGCAAAUAAUUCUUGACAAUCUUCAUUUUGCUGAAAGACCUCAUUUUGCUGAAAGACUCUAUGUCUGGCCACACUUCAUGGCGCAGUAAACAGAAGUUUGUAGCAUCUGUAAACGUUUGGGAAAAUUUCUUUAUUUUCAAAGGCAAUCUUUCCUGUGUCAUGGACGGUCUUACAUGUUUCUUCAGUCUCAUUGAAAAAGUUCACAAAAUUCUCAAGUUCUGCAGCUAGUGACUAAGAAUCUACUACGCUGACCGACGGAGGAAAACGUCCAGCGACUUUUUCAACUUAUUCAAAAAUUGGUUGGGUCAUCAGAGGCUGAAGGAUAACAGCUAAAGGUUUGAUCUUUUGCAAACAAUCCUUUAUGUUUUUUCUAUAUUAUGUAUAGAGGGAAUCGAGGACUUCAAUUAUACAUUUUCGGUAGCUGGCGUGGAGUGAAAUGACCGCCGACGUCUCAGGGUUGUCAUCCAACCGUCUAAUUAUAAUUCUACCACACUUUUUAGCAAACUCGUCCGCGGGAUUGGAACCUAGCGUCUUCGCAAACUCAACACUGGCGUCUAUUUGAUAUGAAUUCAGAUUCGGUGCUUCGAAUUCUUUCCAACGACGUAACAGUUUGAUCAAUCAGUGCAAGACCAUGCAUCUAGGAUAUUAAGGUCUGGCUUCUGCAUCUGCACAGUCAGGAUAUUGGUCUUUCUCAUAAUCAACCUCAUGAACAUAAUAGCGCAAACAAACUCAAACUUGGCAAUUUUCAUUCGGAGAGAAGCUGCUUUGGUUCUUGUCAAUGCGUCGUUGUCUUUCUCUGCUAUUUCCGCUAAGGAAUUUCUUAUGGCUUCAAAAGAACUCCACAUUAAUUCAAUUGAUUCACUUCUGUACACCCAUCUUGUCUGUGAGAGAUUCCGUAGUUUGAGAGCCUUUUCAACUUGUUUCAUAUGAUCUUGCAAUACUGUAUCUCGUUUACAGCUUUUGCUGAAAAAAUACAUAGAGCCAGAUCUUCGGGCAAGCUAUACAUCUCGACAAACAUGGAGGCUAUUGAACAAUGUACAUUGAAUGUAUUCGACCUGGAUAAAAAAAAUUGAAAAUUAUACAGUAUGCUAAUUAGAGUGUAUGUGCAUUAAAAGACACGUUUUAAAUAGUUAAUUCCUAAGUACUGGUACAGUAAUGUUCAACAUCGCACUUGAUAUAAUACCUAUGAUCUUGGCAUGAGAUAUAAGGAAUGCUACGUCCAAUCAACUCCUGCAAACAUUGUUGAGCCCCAUUGAAAAUCCUAGACAUUGAGGUUGUGUAAUCAUAAGACUGAUACACAAAUGCAUCUUCGCCACUAGGUAUUCGUGCUUUAAGAGAGUCGAGAAACUCCUUCGCUUGACCUUUGCCCGCGGUUUUGUCUGUUGUUUCUUUCAUCUCCAGAACUCUCUCGUUAGGGCAGGCAUAUUGUUUUCAUCAACGUAACACACUGCCACAACGAGGCGGUCCGUAUUUGAAGUAUCCGGAGACGAAUUGGCCUUGACCGAAUACAUUUCAGCUGAAACGACAUCCCUUACUAUACGAUUCUUAACAUCUUACACAUGUUGAUAAAUUCAUUUUGGGAACUGGGUGACAGGUAUUUUACUGCAUAAGGUUUCAUGUUAUCGUCGGACAGCCACGACUGAAGUCGACUAAUGACUAUUAUGUCUUGCAACGAGAUUUGUUAUCUGAAUAAAGUUCCCUUCGUGCUUUUCAUCGUGCCCUCUGAAAGCCAGCUGUUGCCUUGCCAAUGUUCUAGCGAUGUCCAAAAGGAUCUUUAUUGCUUCUUGGUUUCGCCGAUGGUUUUCUUCCUCGUGCAUUCUGACUUCUCGUAAUUUCUCUUUAUAAAACCUCUAUUUAUAUCUGUACUUACUUCAUCUUAAAAAUCUUAUAAUUACAGUUUGUACGGUUAGCCCAAAUUAAAAUUGUCAAAAUUGGGAGGUUUCUUUUUAAAUUUGUGCAUGUAAUUAUAUGAUUUACGCAGUACAUUUUAAACCUUCCGUACUUGUGCAGUGAGACUUAUCGGGAACGACUUGCCAGUUUGGGCCUCUUACCGCUAUCUUACUGGCAUGAAUACUUGGAUCUCGUGUUCUUUUUCAAAGCGGUGAACGGCUUGGUCGACGUGUCCCAUGACGUCCUCCCCGAAGUCAUGUCUCAAACCAGAACGACCAGAUCCUCCAGUGGCAACCAAAUCUCCUUCCGUCCGGCCAAAUGCAAAACCUCUACCUACCAACGCUCCUUCUUCAUUCGUGCAUCCAGAACUUGGAACUCUUUACCAACUACACUAAGAUCUCCUGACAUUAAUAUUAGGCAAUUCAAAACUGAUUUACAAACUUACUACCUGACAGCCCUGAGAGAAUGCUUCAACGAAGAAGAUCCGAGGACAUGGAAAACUAUAUGCCUGAAGUGUAACACUAGCCGUUACUUACGUUCUGAACUAACUUGUUGUUUUUAGUCUCUUGUCCAUGUACUGUAUGUUAUAUGUUCUGUACUGUAUGUGUAUUUUUGUAUAGGGCCCACAGUAAUUGGUUUACUCUGUUGUGGUGUCCCUGCCAUUUUUGUCCAUGUUUAUUGUCUAGAUGUCUAUUUGCUGUUCUGUUACGAGUUUUUGGCAAAGUUUAAUAAAUAAAUAAAUAAAGAUGAUAUAUUUGUCCCGAUGCAGAGCAAAUGUUGGCAAUAAUUGCCCUACCAAAGCACUGCCCUGCACAUUUGCCCAACAAAAUUGUAAGAACGCCUUUCUUUGCAGGAAAUUGCCCUGCAAUAACACUGUUUUCAUCCCUUGGGGGUGUCACCCCCCCCCCCACAGUUACACCUCUGGGUUCUUUAAUAACGUAUAACAUAUAAGUGUAACAAGAUUGUAUUGAGGCACGAUGAAAGCCACCUGUAUGAAACACUUUCAAUCGGAAAAUUAAUGUGCCUUUUCUUCCAUUAUACAGACAGCGAUGAUUUAUGGUACAAUAUUCGCGAUCGAUCUCAUGGACACAAGUAAAGGAGGAAAAGGAGGGAAUGUUGUUAACAUGAGUUCCAUUGCAGGUAAAUAUUGCAACAACAACAACAACAGCAACGACAACGACACCGACAACGACACCGACACCGACACCAACAACAACAACAACAACAAACAACAACAACAACAACAACAACAACAACAAACAACAACAACAACAAACAACAACAACAACAACAACAACAACAACAACAACAACAACAACAACAACAACAACAACAACAACAACAACAACAACAACAACGGCAACGGCAACGGCAACGACAACGACAACGACAACGACAACGACAACAACAACAACAACAACAACAACAACAACAACAACAACAACAAUCAACGUAGCAGCAGGCGUUUAGUGCGGGCGGGAGAUGAGAGGGCGUCGUCGAGGAAACGCCUGUCCAAAUGGCUAUGACAAAUGUGUUUUUGACCGAAAAACUUCGACUUAAUUCCCAUUGGUCAAUCUCGUUGACGUACGGAAGUAAUUACAUAACUCAAAUGUCAACAAUAAUUUUGCCCGCGUAUAUAUUCUCAUAAAAAUAUGGCUGUUAAUGCUUUGAAGGAAACUCUUUCUGAUAUUUCUUUCUGAUAAGUCUUUUAGGUUUCGAAAUUCAGUUGAAACCAGAACAAAGAAAGUCUAUUAAUUCGCUACGUGGUAAAGACGUUAUCGCGAUUCUUCCUACGCUACGGGAUACGGAAAAAGUUUGAUCUUUCAAUUAUACAUUAUCGCCAAAUCAAAGCUUGCAUCCUGCAUGCCAACACGAGCAGGGAUCGAAUAUUUCUUAUACUUGUCUUGUUAUUUGUCCUCUUGAAAGUAUAAUUCAAGGUUACAUCACUUGGCAUUGCAGCCAUGAAGUUGAACGAUGAUUUUAAGAAUAACAUUUCAAAACAAACUCAACUGUUAUUUGCUACGGCAGAAUACGUUAAACAACCGUGGUUCAGGAGCUUUUUAAAAGAUAAAAGCUCUGUAUACGUAUUGUCUAAAAUAGCAUAAAAUCUCCCUAGCUGCCGAGCAAAAACAUGCAUGAUGCUAAAUAUAAAUCUCGACUAUGACCGGUGAAGGUGCUAAUUACAAAACGUCAAUCACCUUUAAUGGGCGAAAAUACAUUUGUUAUACCAUUUGGGCAGGCGUUUCCUCGACGACGCCCUCUCUUCUCCCGCCCGCAAUAAACGCCUGCUACGCAGGCUAAUAACAACAAGGAGAGCAACAAGAGCAAAAACAACAACAGUAACAACAACAACAGCGACGACGAAGACCAAAAGACAGCAAGAACAAUAAGAUGAACAACAACCUGAAUCAUCUCUAAAUUAUAUUAUUGCCAUUUUUUCAGGUCUAGAUUUUUUUCCAACACCUGAAUCGUCAUAUGACGCCACAAAGCAUGGAAUUGUCGGUUUCACUAGAAGUAUGGCGCAAGUGAGUAAAAUGAAAUGUAUAUAAUUAUUCUGAAAAGUUAGACUAUACUGUUUGUCCAGCUUCUUUACCCCAUUGAUCACGUUCUUUAUCCCAAUCAAUCAAUGAUCAUGUAUGUUUAGCAACUUUAUGCAUCAGAAUUAAAACCAAUAUUUCCCUGGUUGUAAGACGUUCACUAGGAACUACCUAGUAUUAACAUUCUUGACGAAAUCAGUAGGCAUCGCUCAAAAUAUUGGAUCCUCUGCUUGUAGUUUUCAGCGUCACAAUUACCAAACAACAUUAUUAGUUUCCUACAAAUAUAGCGACCGACGCUGAUUUGCCAAGUUUAAUGAUUAUUACCAACUCUGGUUAUUAUACAGUGGUGCAACGAAAUGUCUGGGGAACGACGCAAUUUACGCAGCUAAAUCAAUGAAUUUUCAAUUUCAAAUGUUACAGAAAAUCAUUCAAGUUGGAGUAAGAUUGAACUGUAUUUGCCCAAGUGCUGUAGAUACGAGAAUGUUGAGAGAAACUUUCAAAAACGCCGAUGUAAAAGAAAUUUUCGAUUCUUUGGGAAUAACAAUUCAAAGGCAAGUAAUUAUUAAUAUUAAUAAUGAUAACACUAUCUUCAGAAAAUUAUAACAAUCGGUUUUGGUUAAUGGUUGAUUUUCGUUUGUGUCGUUGUUGUGGUGUAAACCAUUAAAUAUAACAAACUAACAAUUGGUGACUCAGCCCAUCAUAUCACAUCAAGCGAAUUUUAUACGUACGUUGUAUUACGUUAUGAAUAGUAAGCAUGCACAUUUUCUGGAAACAUGUUUAUAAUAGUGACUAUAUUUUGUUUUGUACCGACGUUGUUGCAAAGGGAUUUCUACAGUUACUGGAGGACGAAGACAAAAUAGGCGAAGCCAUGAGGAUUACAUUUCAGAAAGGAAUCGAUUAUCAUCCAUUUUCACAAGAACCAGUUCCAUACUAGAUAAUAUGUUCUACUAGAAGUUGC